UGCAUUCGUACAUUUGGACACUGGUGGACAACACGGACAGACUGGUCAGAGCUUCACCACACUAGCAACCCUAUCACGGUGGAACCUUUCCCAGGCAAUCAUUGGUGUUAAUAGCCUACAGGUAUUCUGAAGAAUUUUUAAAGUCAUGGCAGAACAACAGAACAGUAUUAAGUCAGUCUGUGACGAGCAAAAAGCGCCGUCCUUCGACGACAUCAUCUGCGCUGUCGGCGAAUUCGGCACCUUUCAGAAGCUCGUGUUUGCCAUAGUGCCGCUGAUAGGCGUGAUCCACGGGGCCAACGCCUUAGCUCAGGUGUUCUAUGCCGGAGAGGCCGAGCACUGGUGCCUCGUGGCCCCCUGGGACGACGCCAACUGCACGAGCACAACCUCUCCUGGCGAUUGGGAGUGUCUCCUCGAGAAACGGGACGCCUCCAUCCCGUACAACUCGACAACGAAGGCGUUCGAUAGCUGUAAAAUGUACAAUGUGACGGGCGUUGACUUCAGUGAAAAACUGAGCUACCUGGACUUUGAUAACACCAGCACUGUCAAAUGCUCAGAGAAAGAUGGGUGGGUUUACGACACCCGGCAGUACCAGAAAACCAUCAUAAAUGAGUUUGAUCUGGUUUGCGACAGUAAAGCUACAGUAAGCUUGGCGCAAUCGAUUUACUUCGCAGGGUUUCUGGUCGGCUCGUUAGUGUUCGGCUCGAUGGCAGACUGGCUUGGUCGCAAACCGGCUAUCUACCUAGCGUCCACGUUGAUGCUGUGUGCGUCCGUUGGUAACGUCUUCUCACCCAGCGUGGUGGUUUACAUUAUCCUGAGGUUCUUCCUGGGAGCCGGCGCCAUUGGGGCGUUUCUCGUCUGCUUUGUCCACACCACCGAGUUUUUAGGCCCCAGCAGACGGGUCGGUGUCGGCAUUUUCAUCCAGGGAUUCUUUACUACGGGUCUGCUGCUCACUUCGUUCUGCGCCUAUUUCAUUCGCUCCUGGCGGGGACUACAGCUCUGCAUUGGCGUUCCUACCAUCCUGUACUUUCUCCUGUACUUUUUCAUCCCAGAGUCAGCCCGUUGGCAGAUGUCCAAAGGGAAAUACAAACAGGCCGAGAAGACGUUGAGGAAAGUAGCGGCCAGAAACAAGAAGGAAUUUCCCGAGGAAAUGUUUACUUCAUGUGAAAUCAUCGGUGCUGCAAAGCAGGAGAACGAAGGGCAGCAAACGUUCGUCGCACUCUUUCGCACUCCGAACAUGUGCAUCAAAACAUUGAACCUCAUGUUCUACUGGUUUGUUGUCAACAUUGUGUAUUAUGGCCUUGGCCUAAGCACAUCUAACCUAGGCGUAGAUGACUACCUAGCCGCAGCCAUUGCGGCCCUUGUCGAGUUCCCCAGCUUCAUCUUUAGUGUCAUCUCGUUGCAGUAUUUGGGCCGGCGCAUCAACCUGAGCAGCACCAUGGUGGUUGGGGGCGUGGCUUGUAUCAUCUCUGCAUUUCUCGAGGAGGGCGUGGCGAGGACGGCAAUCGCCAUGGUCGGCAAGUUUUGCAUCAGCGCGUCGUUCGCCAUUAUCUACGUCGUGUCUGGAGAAAUCUUUCCUACGCCGGUCAGGAGUGCCGGUAUGGGAGUGGCUUCCAUGUCGUCCCGUAUUUCAGGCAUCAUCGCCCCGUUCAUCGUCGAGCUGAGGUUGGUAUGGGAACCCCUCCCGUUCUUGUUGUUUGGAGUUCUGUCCAUUGCGGCCGGCCUACUGUCACUGCUUCUCCCGGAGACAAACAACAAGAAACUCCCUGAGACGGUUGAAGAAGGGGAAGCCUUCGGAAAACCGAAGUGCUUGGGAGGCAGCGAAGAUGAUGUUGAUGUUGCCAUAGUAACCGUUGGCAUGGUGGAGUUGGACACCGAGGCAGGGCUGGACAAUGCGACUUUCGAGGAGAAAGGGUGCCAGACCUACAAGUCGAGCUUUAAGCCAGCAAAAUAGUCUGAUACCAUACCGUUGAAAACGGAGACUUAUAUCUUAGACUCAUACCGUCGAUUGGUGAUUCAGAUUUUAUGGAGUUGUUGCGCAGAGAUUAGAUGUUGACUGAAGAGUAAAACAAACUCAAGAUACAAAAGAUUCCUGUUAUAAGGCAAGACAAACUCAUCAUUUAAAUAUUUAAUUUCAAGAUGGCUUCCAAUGUAAGCAUUAUUUUAUGUUUUUUUAAUCAGGCAAUUUUGAAGAGAAGAUGCUUAAUUGCUGUACACAUUUUUGUAAAGCCAUAAUAAUAAUAAAUAAUAAUAAUAA